AUAAAACUCCUAGAUAACGAGAGCUCGUCCGAUCUGCUCGACCUAUCGCCAGAUGUCCUGCAAGGGCUACAGGACAAGCACCCACAGGCAGCUGAUAUCGCAGAGGAGAGUUUGUUAUAUGGCCCAAUUGAUUAUAUUCCGCCAAAUGUUUAUGACCUCAUAGACGAAGAAUCGAUCUGCAACUCGGCAAGUAAAACCAAGGGCUCAGCCGGACCAUCUGGAAUGGACGCAGAGCUGUAUAAGAGAAUCCUGUGCUCUAAGAAUUUCAAGACCGAGGGCAAAAUAUCGAGAGAAGAGCUAGCCGUGUUCACAAGAAAUAUGCUAAGGAAAUCGUACCACCCAUCCUUACUUGAAGCCUUUACGUCCUGCAGGCUUGUCCCGCUUGAUAAGAACCCGGGAAUCAGACCAAUUGGUGUUGGAGAGGUACUAAGGAGAAUAGUGGGGAAAACGGUCAGCGGUUUCUUAAAGGAGGAAAUAAAAGAAGCGGCGGGUCCCCUACAAGUUUGCGCUGGUCAUAAUGCAGGAGCGGAGGCUGCGAUCCAUGCAAUGAGUCAAGUGUUUGUUGAAGAAGGAACAGAUGGAAUAUUGCUAAUUGAUGCUAGUAACGCUUUUAACCAAAUGAAUAGGUCAGCGGCCUUACACAAUAUCUAGAUCAUGUGCAAAGAAAUGGCGCUCUAUGUUAUUAACAUAUAUAGAAGCCCAUCUAGACUAUUUAUUUGUGGGGGAGGUGAAAUACUUUCUCGAGAAGGCACCACACAAGGAGAUCCGCUAGCGAUGCCAUGGUACGCACUUAAUACAUCCAUAAUGAUACAGAAUUUGAGGGAUCAUUGCCCAUUGGUUAAACAGGUGUGGCUUGCAGACGACAGGCCUACUCUGGGACCUUAACUCGCCUUAACUCGCAACUUGAGAUUAUGUUCAAAUUUCCUUAUCUCGCCUUAACUCGCCUAAACUCGCAUUAUCUCGCACAUACUCGCCCAAUCUCGCAACUUCCAAGUGGAUACCAAUUUUAAUAUCUCAUCCUACUCUCAGUGUAAUUUCACAAUUACUCCAUAAAGGGAAGAUGCCAAAGAAUACAAAUUUCAAAAGUUUAAAAGAUAGUGAUUUUUAAGGAAAACAGGGUUUUUACCUUUAAAAAAUAUGUAAUUGACCAAUCCCAUCCUUCUGGAAUUUCCAAUAGCCUAUGUGGUAAGGGUAUUUCACCACUAAAGAUUUGAUGAGGUUAUUCUUACUUAACAUUGUCAUGCCUUGGAGUCACAACUGGACUGUCAAUGGAACUUCCAGGAACAGCCUGAACAUGCACUAAGUCGUUGCCUAACGAAAAGGCUUCAAUGCUAAGCACGACAGAAAUUCCAGAGGCAUGGGGUCACAGGGUCUUACAAAUCCCACGUUGACUGUUUGUGUUUUGGUCCACAAAGUAAGUGACAGUAACUAAAAGCACAAACAGUGAAUCCACGAAAAAGUUUUCGUAAAAAAGUUUAAGUUUUAGUCUUACACUUCCAAGCAAGACAAAGAAACACUGUAAAUCGAAGAUUGCUUUGAGUCUCUCAAUUGACGAAAAAAUAUUAUCUUAUGAUUUGUUUUUCAUUUUUGGCUUAAAAUAAGAAAUCUCGAAUUUAGAGUGAAAUACAAAAACAUAAUACCAGAAUAUUAAAUUUUUAGUUUUAAGCUGGUUAAUUAUUUACAAAAAAGUUUAAUUGUAAUGGAAAGUUUAAUUACUUUGCAAAUAUAAUGCAUGCAAGCUGUUUUUGACAUAUGAAGAGUAGUAGCAUACGAAUCAUCUUAUAAUCUGAUGAAGCUUAAUGAGGAUUCCAGCUGACAAUCAUCAAUGAAAGGCUAGGAUGUAGCCAGAAUCGAGAAUCCUUUAAAUACUCCACAUACCGAUUGCAGUCCAUAUUUCUUAUAAAUAAUUCUUAUAAAUAUUUACCUCGUACUAGAAGAUCUGUACAUUGGUUCAACGUGACAUCCUGUAUGGCUUACAUUGUAGUCAGACUGGCAACCAUAACCCAGGCAUGAUUCAUAAAGACUUGUUACAUUUAGCCCUUCACUUAAUAAAGGAUUGCUAAAGGUACAAUUUCAGCAUUGAUAGCCAACUUCGUUCGCCAUCUUUGAAAUUACCCAGAAGAUACUGGUAACUCGUGUUUUCCCAGGGCCCUCUCGCUCAGCCUAUUGUCCUCGAUAAGCAUUCUGGGUAAUUUUCAAGAUGGACGGGAAAACUUCUGAAGAAAAGGAGGACAACUCGUACAAACCUUUUGAUGUUAAAUCGAGAUGUUUCAAAAUGUAUCACAUGCAGGUAAGCUAAACUAAAGCCUUUUACCCCUGCAACGUUAACCUAUAAAAGCCUUGUUGAUCUCAGUCCACUGGCAAGUUUUAGGUAGGAAGCUUCAAUGUGGCAUACGUGACAUAAAAACAAGCACAAAACGCCUGAGCCGGUCAUCAUUUUGUAAAAAUUCGAAACGGGAAAGACUCAUCAGUGACAACUCUUAAGAGUUUGGAAGACAAAGCCGAUAGUGGAGAGCGUUUUCUUGAUAUUCAAGUUAAAUAAGGUAUAGUAUACCUGCCAACUCUCACGCCUUAGGCGUGAGUCUCACGCCUGCGGGUUGAAAACGUCGAUCUCACGCCCGCUCACGCCUGCGGACCAAUUUCUCACGCCUGAUUGAAAAAUGUGAGUUGUUGCCGUCUUGCUUGACACAAUUUCCAAAAAUAUGUUAACUCAGACCCAUGCAAGGAACGAAAACCAUGUGUAAAAUGAAUAAAUGACAAUACCUUCCUCGCGAUCUAUGAUUUUGUGGAUAAGCGUUUUCCUGAUAACUUCGCCUUCGGCAGACUUCGGACGUCUUCGGAAGACUUCGGACGUCUUCGGGAAUCUUCGGAAAUGAUCGUGUCGUUUUCAAAAAUCCCAGCACUCCCAGGAUAAAAAUCUCACGCCUACAUCUCAGAAAAAGUUGGCAGGUAUAGUAUAGUACUCUGCACAACUAUGAACACUUUCUGACACUUUGUAACAAAUAAGUAAACCUGAACAGAAAAUAUGGUCAUUUAUUUUCUGCUGUUUUGCUAGGAUGAGAAUGAUAAAGAGUUUACUGUCAAGUUAACUUGAUCCUCCUUUCUUUCGUAGAAAUCAAGGUGUCUCUCGCAGGAUUGUCCAAGUUUAAGGAGGGAGUUUCUAAAAUACGGGAACUGCUGUCUUUGCGAAAAGGCAUCAGCCUCCAUUUGCAAGAAAUUAGAACAGAUUAUCCGAGGAAACAAAAAGGCAAUCAUUUCUGGCAGUGAAAACAAACAAUUGAGCUGGAUUCCAAGGGAAACCAGCAGUGAAGUGGAGAGAAUGGAUCAAAUGGAAGACUUAAAGAUAAGUCUUAUAAUUUUCAGGGAGAAAGAAAUUUCAUUUCAGUAAAAUUGAUUGUGUCAUAAAAAUUUCCUCAGCUGAGUUGUAUUUCGUCAGCUUCCCCGGUUUUUUUAUACCAGUUCUUUGAAGAACAUUGACACAGACUGCAAAAACAUUUUUUUUUUCAAUUCUGGAGUUAGUGAUAACAAUUGAUGACAUGUCAUGUGAUACCUAUUAUGCUCACCUGCCUAUUAAAACAUAGUGUUAUUGAUUUAUAAAAAUUAAUAAAAUAUCCUACCUGUGCUUAUGCUACAGCUACAUUUUUUAAUCAGUUCAUGAUUGUUUUGUUUUCAUUUUUUUUUACUACUGGUACUUAUUCUGCCAAAUAAUUAUAUGGCUUUAAUAAAUAAUAUAUGAUGAUGAUGACAAUGAUUAUUAUUAUGAUACAGCCACCAAAUGGUAUAGUUUGAUGUCUAAAUGCUAUAUAAUUAAUAAAGAACAGGACUCCAUGUCACUAGCAUAUCCAUACUUAAGCUUGUCCAAUUAGGAAAAUAAUUCAAUUAAUAAAUUUAAACAAGAUUUAGCUUCAUUCAACUUUGGAGCUCAUCUGAAAUUAUUUGUUUAACUUUUUCGUAAUUGGACAACAUGGAACCUACUAUAUAUAUAAGAAACACAAAGAUUGCGAGGUAUCUUUAUAUGUUUAUUACUAAAGUAUAUUAUAAAUUUUAACCCUUAUAACCUCAAAAUAAGGUGGAUCAUUUUCCCCUAAUUCGCCCUAACUCGCCUUAACUCGCACAAACUCGCAACUGAUAGGCCAGCUCAAUUUUUCCUUAUCUUGCCUUAACUCGCCUAAACUCGCAUUAACUCGCACAAUCUCGCGGCGAGUUACAGUCAAACCAGGUCAAGCGUUCCCGUCGCUAACAAACUAAUGAAUUCAUUAAUGGAAAAAUGAUUUCGUUUGUUGAUUCAAUAAUCCAUUCAUAAAAUGAAUAAUCCAACGGUCAAAUUGUACCUCGAUUCAAUAAUCAAAUGUUGAUUUGGUUUAUGAACAAAAUCUACCUGUUCUUUAUUCUUGUCUGUUGUGUUCAAUCGUAUUUGCUUCCCUUUUCCUGCCGUUUACGAUUGCGUUUUUCAUUGCCUUUAAAGAAAAUAACAGCUAGAAUAGACAGACCGCAAACGCAAAGAAACUGACAAAGGCCGAGGAUCGAAAUCCACCAAUCACCGCACGUACACUGACCUCAGUUUGACCGUCGUGUUUUCUAAGAGGUCAGGCCUAGGUCUGUUGCACUGAUUAUUGGCAGCAAACUGGCGUACAUGUAACAGUUUGUUUGGGUUUGAACUUCAGAACUCGCCAGCACUCGACUCUCAGAAAAAAAAGAGGAAAAAACAAAAUUCUGAGGUCAACUUGUGGAAAGUGGAAUUUUUCAAAAAACAGUAAUCGAAUCAACAUUCGAUUAUAGAAUCGAGGCUAAAUAUUACUGUUGGAUUGUUCAUUUUAUGAAUGGAUUAUUGAAUCAACAAACGAAAUCAUUUUUCCGUGAAUGAAUUCAUUAGUUCGUUAGCGACGGGAACGCUUGACCUGGUUUGACUGUAAGGUCCCAGAGUAGGCCUGACGACUCAGCUGGAGGAGGGAGUAUAGUGCAGUUAUACAACUGGUACAGGCAAUUGAGUAAGGAAGGUCAAAAGUUUGGUUACCUUGUGAAUGGGACAAAUAGCUGGCUUAUUGUGAAGUCUAGGGAACUCGCGGAGGAAGCAAAGAGGGUGUUUGGAGAGGAAGUCAACAUAACGUCGACUGAAGGUCAGCGCCAUCUGGGAGCAGUUAUUGCGUCGCAAGAAUACAAAGAUCAGUAUUGUGAGGAGAAGGUUCGUGCAUGGAAAGAGGAAAUCGAACGUCUCUCUGAAAUAGCGAAGAGCCAGCCCCAUGCGGCGUAUAUUGCUUUCACAAAAGGCUACAAGUCGAAGUUCACCUACUUCAUGGGCACGAUUGAAUCGUUUGAAGUUUAUGUCGAUCCAAUCCAGGAAGUGAUUGAAGAUUUACUACUCCCAACUUUGUUCGGUCAAUCAGAGCCUCUCCCUAACGAGGUGCGCAGACUUGCUACCUUAGCAACGGGUCAAGGGGGUCUAGGCAUUCCUGAUCUGAAAUCCGAGACACCGCAGCAGUUUGCUGCCUCGAGACUAAUAACCACAGCGCGCGUAGAUUCUAUUACUUCACAGAGUUCCAUCAUGGUGCCAGGAGAAAGAUCUACGGAGGAGCUAAAGAGGCAUCAACAAUCACUUAAGAGAGCAAGUGCCAAAGAGAAAAUGGAGAGCAUUGAUUCAAGCCUCUCCCCAGGCCUGCUGCGUCUGGUUAAUCAAUCGAGGGACAAGGGCGCAAGUUCUUGGCUGAAUGCGAUGCCUCUCGCAGACAAAGGUUUAGCCCUCAACAAGCAAGAGUUAUGACUUGCCCUUAGUCGAUUUAACAAGUCAUUGCAUAUGUGGGGAUAAAUUCACCGUUAGUCACGCCCUCUCUUGUUAAAAGGGGGGUUUGUAGCGCAGAAACAUGACGGUGUACGGAACUUGUUAACGACAUUCAUCGACAAGAUCUGCAAUAAUGUCGAAAUCGAACCACGCCUUCAACCCCUGGACAACGAGCGAUUUCAUUUGAGGAGCGCAGUUACAAGUUCUGAGGCAAGGUUGGACAUCAAAGCGGGAGGUUUCUGGGCAAGAGGAGUUACGGCAUUUUUUGAUGUUAGAGUUACGCACGUCAACUCCAAGUGUUACCAGAGCAAGCCAACAUCGGAAGUGUUCAAAGAGCAAGAAGAAGAGAAGAAGCGCAAGUACCAGCAGCGGGUGUUAGAUGUAGAAAUGGGUUCGUUUACGCCUUUAGUGUUUGGAACCAAUGGCGGAAUGGGAAACGAGUGUCAGCGGUUCUUAAAGCAUCUCGCAGACAAGAUAGCUCAGAAAGACACCGAGCCUUAUCAUGUUGUAAUCACUUGGCUCAGGACACAGAUCUCGUUUGAACUCUUAAGAUCGGUACAUGCAUGCGUCAGGGGUUCGCGAACGCCGUUUCGUAGCAAGAUAGAGCAAUCAUUAGACUGUAAAAUAAAUGUCGCUAGUGCGGAUAACUGA